UGGGUGUAGCACCCCCUGUUGGGCGAUAAGAGCAGGGAGAGAAACGGGAUAUUGUAGGUUGGCAGCUUGGCGAGGCUGUCAGUGUUUUAAUCAGCGCUGUUCGGCUGGAGUUGCACUUCCUGUGCGGGAUUUUUAUUUUUUCAUAGGUUACUUUUAAUUGUAUUGGUACAUAAAUGAUGGCGUCGCGGGCAACGGACUAAAGAGACUUUUUUAAAACCAGUCUUUUAGCCGUUGUAGUCACUGCACUUACAAACAAAAGCCUAGUGCGGGUCUUGCGGUCCUUCACAGAGGAAAUUCUGCACCUGCUUCGACUGAAACUGCAUCACUGCGUGAAACAACAGUUUACACAUAUACAGCAAACCUGCAAAGUGGGGCCAAACAGCAAGCCACUGCAGCCAGUUGGCUAACUCGGCUACGUCAAGAACUUUUGAGGGCGAGCUCCCGUUAUCAGCUCGGGAAAUCAGCCGUGUUUUUUCACUCAUUCCGCAGUAACCGCAGUCUGAAUAACCGCACACGGGAGGUGAACUUCACACGGUGUUUGCUGCAGUUGGUAAAGUUGGGCAUCGUCCAGCUAGCUCCUAAGACAUGCUCGUUUUUUUCCAAUGUGACUCAGUGGCUGCUCAUGAAGGUAACGUAUCGGCAGCUCGGGUGUUGCCUGGCCGUCGUCGCUUUCUCUGUCCCGUCAACAAAUAAAGGUCGAUCAAUCCAAGUUCACCACCUUCCCCGUCGGAUUUGUCUGUAGUAUGAUGGGAUCUCUGAAGGCUCUCCAGGAGUGGUGUCGGAUACAGUGUGAGAACUACAACGAUGUGCAAAUUAAGGACAUGUCUACGUCCUUUCGAGACGGGCUGGCGUUUUGUGCCAUUAUUCAUCGCUUCAGACCAGAUCUGAUAGAUUUUGGCUCACUGACUAAGGAGAAUGUCUAUGAGAACAACCGCCUGGCGUUUGAAGUGGCUGAGACUGAACUGGGGAUUCCAGCCCUGUUGGACCCAGAAGACAUGGUGUCUAUGAAAGUGCCUGACCGGCUUAGCAUCAUCACAUACGUGUCCCAGUAUUACAACUUCUUCAACAACAAGUCUCAGGCAAACCCUCCUUGUAUGAAGAGGCUCAGUACUGCUGGUCUCAAUGAGCCAGCCCAGAAAAGGCCUGUAACUCCUCUGGAAGAUAAGACUGAGUCCGUGCAGACAGGCACCGAAGCGGUUGCGGCAGUCAAGCGGAGCACUCUCAGCAGCACCUGCGCCGCCUGCCAGAAACACGUCCACCUGGUGCAGAGGUUUUUGGUGGACGGCAAGCUCUACCAUCGCAACUGUUUCAAGUGCACUGAGUGUCACAGGACACUGCUUCAUGGAUCCUACAAAUUAGAAAGCAACUCUGGGGCACUUGUCUGUGCACAUCACCUUAAUAGGAAUGCUUUAUCCAACCAGAAUGGCCAGCCCGAUCUUAGUAAGAGACCAGCGUCGGGACAGUCUGCUAGGACCGGUCGCAGCACAGUUCCUCACACGGCGCCCUCUGAUGGCUGCCAGGCAAAGACUCCAGUACAGGAAACGAACGAUUCUGACGUUCCAGCCGAUGACUCGGUCACGGUCGCUCCCGUUACAACAAGCAAAGACGGUUUAGAAAAAACAAAUGAAGACAGUACCAGCGAAGCAGAGGAGAAACCACGAUCUGCCACACCUCCCAACCCUUUCGAUGAGAGCGACGAUGAAGAGGAGGAGGGAGAGAAAGAAGAAGAAGAAACUCAAACACCAGCCAAACACACAGCAAAUGGAGACCUCCCUUCUACACCUCACGUUGAGGUUACCGGUCGGCCAGUGCCUGCACCCCGCCGGGUUUCUGAUCCCAUCCCUCCACCUCGCCCUGUGCCACGAGCUCGACUCUCCCGCACAGCAGACGGUCCUGCAGUCGGUGAAACUCAGAAGCUUCCACUUCCUCCCAAACCCAGAGGAAGGUCACAGUCUCCUGCAAGUGGCACCCAUAAACCCAAAGACCCACCUUGGCUCGCACUGGUUCAGUCAGAACCCAAGAAGAAGAAAGCACCAGCCCCUCCCCCUCCCCCUGCUGGACUGGCAACACCUCCAAACACAGGCUCUUUGUCCUCUCUCAAAGGGGAGGGCUCCAGACCCAGCACGCCCCCCCAGUCCUCCAACCCGUUCGAGGACGAGGACGACGAAAAUAGCGAGGGAAAUGGGGAAGAAGGGAGUGAGGGAGGAGCACCUCCACCUACGGUGGUGUCUAGUCACCCAUGGUACAGCAUCACUCAGGCAGCAGACGCAGUGGGUGCAGACACUCCCACUAAUAAACGAAGUUCAUCCCGCUCUGUCAGUCCUGCAAGCACCAAGAGCAAGAAACGGCCUGCACCUCGUGCUCCUCGGCCACCCACCGGUAACCAAGCUCUCUCUCAUUCUCAGUCCUCCUCUUGCUCCCCCUCUCCAGCUCUCAGUACAGAGAGUUUGUCUUCAGGCUCAGACUACAGCUCCUCUCAGCUCCCUUUAGCUGGCGGUGGCAGCAGCGACCAGGAACACAACUUCACCAAAAGCGUCUCCGAGCCUUCCAUCUGCUCACCGAACGACUCCAAGCCUUCCCCUUCUUCCUCCUCGACUGAGCAUCUCCGUCAGCCUUCUCCAAGCCCCGCCCCUUCUCCAGUACCAGCAAAUGCCAGCUCAGCUCCAGCCACUCCACAGACCAGUCGCAACCCAGUGACCAAGGCUCCUCGACCUCCACCACCACGACCCAGCAACCCCAGCCCACUGGCCUCAGAGGCCACCCAGUCACAAAACAAGCGGAUAUGUAAAGAGAACCCCUUCAACCGAAAAGCUUCGCCCUCUCCUGCCAAUUCUAAAACCAGACCGCCAAAAGGCCCCCGUCCUGCUAGACCCCCGGCUCCCGGUCAUGGCUUCCCACUUAUUAAACGCAAGGUGCAGUCAGAUCAAUACAUCCCAGUUGAGGACAUCCAUGGGGAGAUGAGUCAGCUGGAGAAGCAGCUGGAUGAGCUGGAGCAGAGGGGAGUGGAGCUGGAGAAGAAGCUCAGAGACAAUCCAAACGAUGAAGAUGAGGAGCACUUGUUGGUGGACUGGUUCACCCUAAUUCAUGAUAAACACCUUCUUGUCCGACGGGAAGCUGAGCUGGUCUACACGGCGAAGCAGCAGAACCUGGAGGAGAGGCAGGCUGAUGUGGAGUACGAGUUGAGGUGUCUUCUCAACAAACCAGAGAAAGACUGGACCGAGGAUGACAAGAGUCGGGAGCAGGAGCUGAUGGCUGAGCUGGUUACCAUCAUUGAACAGCGCAACCAAAUAGUCAACAGCAUGGACGAGGACAGGCAGAGGGAGGAAGAAGAGGACAAACUUAUGGAAGAGAUGCUGAAGAAAAAAGACUUUCAGAAGGAUCCAGACAGCGAUCACCAGAAGAAAAAAGGGGCAAAGUUUAAACCCAUCAAGGUGCUCAAGCGUCUGAGCCAUAAAGGAGAACCGGGAAAGAGUCCCAGCCCACGUAAGGAGAAGAGCUGAACAGCAGAGGACACGUCUAGCUCAAGAGGAUAUUUGAAGGACUACUAUUUUAAGAAGACUAAAGAAUUUUGACAGAAGAUUAUGACAUCUCCUCAAACAGUUUUUAAGCACCAAGACUCAUUCAGUGACUAUUUUCAGUUGCCUUUUAGUGUCUGACAGCAAGUGCUUUAAAAAGUUUAGGCUCUGAAUAUUCAAACUAGUGGCAUGUUGGGUGGGUUUCUGUAUUACUGCACUGAUUACUUUUUGCUUUAACAUCCCUGCAUUGCACAGUGACUCUGCUCUAUAGGCCUUCAGCAAAGAUGUGAUAUGUCAGCUUACGUUGAUCCCUGAUAUCCUUGAGUUUUUAAUGUUUUUAGUUUUACUUACACCCUCUUGAGUAGUGGUCUCCUUUGCUCCUUCAAAGGUGCACGUAUUUGAGGUUUUAUAUCAUGUUUGGGUUGAGCCCAUGGUACUAGUAGCAAUAAGUUUGUCUUUUUUGUUGUUUUUUUUCCCGAUGAAACUUGCUUGAAACUGCAGCAUCUACUCUUGAAAAGCUCAAUCAAAGACUUCUAGCUGCUAUAUAUAUACACAUAUUUUAUUUGUGUUUGUGUGUAUUUUAGUUUCUUCAGUAGUAGUUUUACAAUUGUGUUGGUGCUUGUCAUCAAAGCAUUACACAAACAUAGAUAUAGUAUUUAUAAGUGGGUUAGAUUGGAGGAGAAAAUUAGACCAGUAACGAAACUGCAGACAAAAAACAAACUGCCGGUUAGUUUUAAACGGGACUUAUUCAUUUUCCAAGGAAAAGCAGGAUAGGCGUCCUUUUAUUAUGGAAGGUAACAGAUGCAAUAUUGAAUUUCAGAAGAAGAAAGUAUACAGUAUUUUAUCAACUGUAGCAAAAGCCCAGUUUAUAACGGUUUUAACUAUCGAAGGAUGGACCUGAGGUAUGCAAUCAUUAAUUUAUAUUUUACUAUGCCUUUUUGUGCGUGUGUGUUUUGCCUUAGUUUAUAUCGAGUGCCAUUUAUUUUAUUGCAUACAUCGUUAGUUCGAGCUAAUGUAAACGCGUUUACUCAUUCUGUUCGUGUUCUCGUCUCUUAGAUGAUGUAUAUGUCUUGUGUGGCUGUGUCUGUUGUCUGUUUCUGCUCUGUGCCUAACUUCCUGUCCAGCUGAAACAAAGGGCUUCUGUGCCACCACAUUUUUGUCAUCUUGUACAUUGUCCUAAAACGGCAGCAGGACUGUGUGAAAUACUGACACUGGGAGGCAGAGGAAUAAAAGAAAUUCACACAGUU